CCCAGCCCACUUUUAGUGACCGGGUCGGUUCCACUCCCACCCUUUCUUCCUCCUAAGUAAUUUCCUCCGAACAAACUACCAAAGAACUGAACAGAGAUGGAGAAGAGAAGGUCAACGAAGGCAAGGAAAGAAGAAGACGAUGAAGACAAUACCAUCUGGUGGUGGCUGGUUGAAAAGGGAAUUAUACCCUCAUUUCUCUGCAUAAGUGUCUUUGCACUUCUGGUGAGAGUCUCCGUCUCACUCCACCCUUACUCUGGUGCUGGAAAUCCACCAAAAUAUGGAGACUACGAAGCACAGAGGCAUUGGAUGGAGAUCACACUCAACCUUCCACCUAAAGAAUGGUAUCGAAAUAGCUCCACUAAUGAUCUCAGCUACUGGGGACUUGACUACCCUCCUCUCACUGCUUACCAGAGCUAUGUCCAUGGUCUUUUCCUCAGAUCCUUCGAUCCCGAGUCGGUUAAGCUUUACACUUCUCGAGGAUACGAGUCUUACUUUGGAAAAUUGCUCAUGAGGUGGACAGUUCUAUCCUCUGAUGCUUUGGUGUUCUUCCCUGCCGUUCUUUAUUUUGUCUUUGCUUAUUAUUCUGGGCGCGGUGGGCGUAAAAGUGAUAUGGCAUGGCACAUUGCGAUGAUUUUACUGAAUCCAUGUCUCAUUUUGAUCGACCAUGGUCAUUUUCAGUACAAUUGUAUUAGCUUGGGGCUUACGGUUGGAGCUGUUGCGGCCAUUCUAUCUAACAGAGACCUUCUUGCUUCUGUCUUGUUCAGUCUUGCUCUCAACCACAAGCAGGCUUUUGGAAAUUGGAGAACUCAAGAGGCCAGACUAGAUCCAAAGAGAGGACUUUCCAGACACGUGAUGGGUGAUGAGGAUGAUGGAGCGAUGGCCUAG